CCAGAAAAAGAAGAGUUCUAAAAUAUGUUUCUGAGACGGAUCAGGUCAUGCCUUACAAAACUCCAAAUAUCAUAUAAUUACCCAACAUUUCUACGCCUAUAUUCAUCCUCAUAUAAAAGCAAAUACUCUGUUGAAAACAUUUAUCCAAACAGCGAUCAGAAUUUUCUAAAGAAGGUUGAGAUCAAGCAUGCAUAUAGUAGUGAAACAGAAGAAGAAUUCACAGGCUACAUACCUUUAGAUGACAUUCAAAUUAAAGCAAUAAGAGGGAGUGGUCCAGGUGGACAGAAUGUAAACAAAGUCAGUUCAAAGGUAGAAGUAAGGUUCCAUGUUGAAAGUGCCUCUUGGAUUCCUCAAUGGAUUAAAGAAAAUCUCAUUGAAAAUGAGCAGAGUAAAAUAACAAAAGAUGGAUUUUUGGUUGUUACCUCUGAGAAAACAAGAACACAAAUGCUAAACCAGGCAGACUGCCUAAACAAGGUUCGAGAGAUGAUUCAUAAAUCUGCCACAAAACCAGCGGAGAUAACAGAAAAGGACAAACAGAUACUAACACAAAGGUUAGACAAAGCUAAUGAAAUACGUUUAAGAAGGAAGAAGGCAGAUUCACUAAAGAAGAGAAAUAGAAAAAGUUUUGAUGAUUAGAUAAUAAAGGAUAGUAUUCAAAGUU